GAAGCGCUGAAGACUGGUAUUAUUCACGAAAAGGGUGUGGUCUGAUACGAAUAUAUUACAAGCUUGUAUUAAAAGAUGGUCAAAUUGAUACGGUUUAAAAAGUUACACGGCUGAAAGUGACGUUUACACUCUGCGAACCAUGCCACUUGGAAAGAUGAUUAUGUAUCCCGAAGUGGUAAAAGAAUACCCGAUAUAGCGCUAGUAUUUGCCCCGGCGACAAAGCACUUCCUGGUUCAUGAAGGUGUACGACGGAGGGGGGUACCCAGCCCUAUGGAUUUGUAACUCGAUCGCGGUGACAGGCGAUAAGCUACACCUGUAUUCACAUCAGUAAUCUCGCACGAGUUGCCCUACCUGAGCAGCGCAGUAAAUAAUGACCCAGUUUGAUAAUAACAUUACGUCUUCAAAAGAUGGCAUGUGUUGUCUGACAUGAUCGGAACGCUAGUGAAUUGAUUUUGUACAGGUCACCUAUCUACAUCUGUGCUGUGUGGAUUUUGUGAUACAUUACUGGACGACAUAUCUCCUGCAUGGCGGUGUAUGGACCCGUGAGGUAGUGUGACCAGUAUGGCUGGGCCAAUGGCAGCGCAGUGGGGUCAACAACCCACUGAUAACCUUUCAACCCUAGUUGACCCCGACCUUAAUGAAGUGAUAGGCAUCCUACAUCAACGUUUUCAAAAUCAACAUAUAUACACAACAAUCGGAGAUAUCCUCUUGUCCGUGAACCCACAACAGACGAUCCCUCUCUAUGGCUCGCGGGUUGGAGAUUUCUACAAAGAUGUGCCGUCCGCCCUGUCUCAGCAGCCUCACAUCUUCAUGACAGCAUGUCGCGCCCAUCGCUACCUUCAGAUACACAACACUGACCAGGCUAUUGUUUUGUCAGGGGAAAACGGGUCAGGAAAAACAGAAGCUGUGAAAAUCCUAGUUUCCCAAUUCGGGCGCCUGUCGACAGUCGGGUCACAGGAUCCUCCACAGAGCGAUGUAGCCAGUCUCCUGACCGAGGCAAUGUCCUUGUUGGAAGAGUUUGGCAACGCGGACGUCGGUAUCAACCGCAACUCCAGCAGACACGGCAAGAUGGUGGAACUCGCGUGGGAUGACGGGAAGCUAGUCGGAGCCGAAAUAAUGGUUUUGGGUCUGGAAAAGAACCGGGUGAUGUUCUCAGAAGACGGGGAAAAGAAUUUCCAUGUUUUCUACAGAAUGUUGGUUGGAUUUGAUCAGGAAAUGCGAACACGGCAUAGACACAAUCAGUCCUACAGGAUCCUCGAGCCCAUUGAUGGGGGGCAGAUAUACAGAGACAUGGCUGAUGCGGAAGACAACGAGGUCAAAUACAGAUACCUCCGCGAGUAUCUCAACACACUCGGCAUAGAACAUCAGACAUUCCGAUCUGGCCGACAGACAGCAGGGACCGCCAUAUUUGAAGUUUUGAGUGCAUUGUUGCAUCUUGGGAACAUUCAUUUCGCGCCAGAUCCGGAAUCAGAUUCAGCUUUUGUGGCAAACCAGGCGGAAGUUGAGGCAGCUGCCGAAUUGUUGGGAGUUCAAGCGCAAGACAUUUCCGGGAUGUUGUUGACUCGCUAUGGAUAUUCAGGAAGUCAGCGGGUGAUGUACCGGAGGGAUACAAGCGGCGCCAGUCUUACCAGGAACAGUUUUGUUCGGCACAUCUAUUUCCAGCUCUUUGAUUGGCUGGUUAAAACAAUCAAUAAGAGACUUGCUCCGACUGGACAGUACAGACACAAUUCGAAACAACUUAAAACAGUGGGAAUUCUGGAUCUUCCCGGGUUUGAGAAUUUGAUGACCAACAGUUUAGAGCAGCUUCAUUUUAACCUAGCGGAGGAGAGGCUCCAAGAUCACGUGACUGAACUUGUCUUCCGGCGAGAGUUCCAUGACCUUCAAACUGAUGACAUCAAAGUUCCUGAUACCAAAUUCAGAGACAACUCAGAGGUUCUUGAUGCUUUCUAUGAUAGCAACAUUGGCUUGCUACGUCUUAUGGACGAGAACACCGACCCGAGUCCGAACGCCGACAUGGAUCUGCUGAACGACAUCAAAAGGAGACAUAGCAAGAAGUCCUCAGUGGUGAAGACGGAUAACACUGGUCAAACGUUCAUGGUCAUUCACCAUCGGGGCCAGGUUAUAUACAACAUCGAGGUAUUACUGACAAAGAACAGGCCGGUCAGAGUACGCAGCUUUGACGCUCUUCUGGAGUACAGCCAGAACCCUUUAUUGCAUGAACUCAUGUCCACGCCACACGAUGGAAGUUCACAUUCUCGUCAUCCGGGCGACACAUCUGAUGACCUCACGUUAACACAGACAUACGCGGCAGCUCUGAGAGGGAUGUUCCGCCGGCUAGAAGGACGAGAAACACAGCAUGUUUGGUGCAUCCGUCCCAAUAUGACGUUACAACCUGGUGUGUUUGACGUCGACGUCGUCGCAAGACAGUUGACUGCCAUGAACGUCGUUGAAGCUGCUCGCAUCAGGUCCAUGGGCUAUCCCGUCAGGAUCUCCACCAGAGACUUCAUUGAUCGCUAUAGAUUUGUCGGCCUCCCGCUAUCUGCCCACAUCGACUCACCACAGGGGGCGUGCCACCGGAUAAUUAGAAAAGCCGGAAUCCCUGACGGAGGGUGGCAGGUCAGACAAAGGAAGGUAAUGUUAGCUUGGUGGCACCAGGACUAUUUGGACACAGCACUAGAACGGGCUUUGCGUCACGUGAUCUUUGUACAGAGUCGGCUGCGAGGCUACGUUGCUAGGCGAAAGUUUUACAGAAUGAGACGAUACUUCCGAGAGGACAGGGACGAGUUGUCGAACUUUCUUGAUGACGUCAGUAGUCAUGGCCUGAGAACGUACCACGCAUGUCAAGCCCAAAGCGACCAUAACACCAGGGAGAUUGAGAGACAGUACACCGGUCGAGACGGCGGACGGAGACAGGCACGCCACCACAGCGACCGCUCAGAGCGCGACUCCUACUACAGCAGAUCUGGGUACAGAGGCCAGUCGGAAGUAUACAACGGCCAUAUCGACCAAACGUUGGACGAUUUCACUACAUUCAAGCAGACGGUGCUACAUGACGUCACCACCAAACGUGACCUUGACCCUACUUCGUGGUGUAAGGUCAUCUGUAUGGAGUAUGAUCGCCCAGUUGGCAAGUUCUACGUACAGAACAGAGACGUACAAAUCGACGGUACCUACGACCCCUUCGAUGGAGAUAGGUUAGGAAUUGGAGUGUUUCGAAAUCCAGAGCGAUCUAGGAAGACGGAGACAAUUAGGGCCUACCUUGGACAGGGCCUAGUCCUCCAUCAUGACACCGAGGGGAAUAUAUGGGCAAAGCGACUAUCCAACAAUGACGUCAUAGUUCAAGGUUAUGAUGACCCAGGCAAUCACUCUUUGUCCGCUGACGUAAUUCUGAACAAGGGAAGUCUUCCUCACGGCCAUUCGAUGAAGGUUUUUGACAUGAAAGAGUUGCGCAGCCGUAUUGGCCUGGAGUUGAAGUCGCAUACGUUCAACAGGACUCGUCUUCGUCAUCAGACCAUUGUCUGCUUCAGCUUACUGGAAGAAGAGAAGACAAUUCUGGACACUCCAUGUUGGCUUUGUGUGGUCAACAUCCACGCGCUCAAUGCCCUGGAGACGCCGGAUGUGCUGUCCCAGGUAGAGAAAAUGAUGGCCCAGGCAGAGCUCCGUACUGAGGACGAAGACCUGAAAGACGAGAAGUCCCAUGAUGCCAAGGCCAGGCGUCUCAGGACACAGUGGUCGAGGACAGAUCAGAGAGAGGGUUUUACUCAAGGAGAAUCAUCAAGGAAGCUUCGGAUCGCCCUGAGGAAGAGAGGGGAAGACAUAAAGAAUCACAUGGACUACAGCUGGAACACAGAUAGACGAGGAAGCUCCUCACAAAAACAAAUGACUGUAGACUCUCUCCAAGAACAAGUACUAAGAGACCCUGACGGUGGAUUGGAUGGCAGAAGAUCAGGUCCGACGUCGCCUAUCGGUACCGGUAAAACACGUGAGUGGGCCAAGGUCAAGGUGACAGUAAAGACGUCAAUGGCUAAAGAAGAAAGCGAGAUGGAUGCAAUGAUGAAAUCCAGAAUGUCAAGAUAUUAAAAAGAAAUUGUAUGUGAAAGAUCAAUUGAAUGUCAAAACGUGAGUAAGUUAUAAGCAGCGAUGGUUCCUGUAGUUCAAACUGUCAAAAGUAAGGCACUUUUUAUGAUGGCUUGUUGAUCUGUGAAGAAACGCGGGCCCAGGAAGAAUAUUUUAGGUUCUCACUGGAUAUCUCUCAUUUGAUGUUAUUGAGUAUUACAAUACCAACAUUACCGUAUGCAGUAUACAAAUAUGUACAACAUUCAAAUGUUUAGGAUCAGUUACGCCGAUCGCUUAACAUUCAUACACGUGAAGCAUCGUAGACAUGUUCCGCAUCUCUUUCUAUCUGUCUGUUGACAUUGCACAUGUGGCUUCUUGUCGUGGUAUUUGUGACAAUACCAUUGUUCAUUAUAGGUAUGACAAUCUCCCUCAUGUUCAUCAUAUAUGUCAAUAUCUUUAAAUGUAAAUCAUAUGAUGUCAAUCUCUUUAAAUGUAAUCAUGUAUGUCAAUAUCUUUAUAUGUUCUUCGUGGGUCGGUCGGGUAGCCUAGAGGUUAAAGCGUUCGCCCGUCACGCCGAAGACCCGGGUUCGAUUCCCGACAUGGGUACAUUGUGUGAAGCCCAUUUCUGGUGUCCCCCGCCGUGAUAUUGCUGGAAUAUUGCUAAAAGCGGCGUAAAACCAUACUCACUCACAUUAUAUGUUCUUCGUCUGUAUGUCAGUCUCCUUAAAUGUUCAUCAUAUAUGUCAAUCUUUAAAUUGUACAUCGUAAAUGUCCCUCUCUUUAAAUAUACAUCGAUCUCUUGAAAUUGAAGUUUGUCAAUUAUUUGAAAUGUGCAUCAUCUAUAUGUCCAUGUCUUUAAUGUGUUUCACAUAUAUGUUCAUAUCUUUAAUGUGCAUCAAUGUAUGUCUAUAUGUUUAAAUGUACAUCGUAUGUAGGUUUGGGGUAUUUUAGGUACAUGUACGUCCAUAUCUUUUCUGCACGAUUUCGUCACGGUUCCCAGUACGUGGUCCGAGGGAUACUUUUACACAAAGAUUGAAUCGAUUCCCCUUAAUCCACGUGACUGCUUUGAGCAAGGUGGCUCAAUUGUCUGCCAUCCGACGUUCACUCUGUAUCUCUUCUGCCCGCCUGCCCGGAGAGACAUAGCCAUCUUGGGGUUAGAGGCCCAGAGGGCCACAUGCAGGUCUAUGUAUAGAGGAUAUCACUGAUAGUGUGGUCUUGAAUCUGUAGAGGAGUCAAGUAUUGCUUUAACCUCUACCAGUGCGGUUGUAUUGUUAUGUGGAAACCCCUUAAAAUGACUUUAUGUCGAUCAUUGAUCUUUACUGAAGACAGUAACAUGUCCUUAAAUCAGUGUGAAUGAACAUCUCGGCUUUCGUAUUACAGUUUAGCGAAAUGUCUAAUAUGUGGCAAAUACCUCUACAACUGGCAAAUAGUCUCGUCACAAAAUGACUCUUAACAACGAGCCCACUAUUUGUAUUGAUUGUGUUCCAAAGCAGACGGCUUCAAAGAAGCCAAGCCAAUAUUUGAUUUCCUGUUAUAGAGGUUCCGAAAUCUGCCCCAUACAUAAUAGCCGUUCCUUUGCAAUGAAGCAUUGUAGUGAAUAUGGAAUAUUACAUGCGUAACAUGCAUCGCGUGUGAGGUGGAAUUAGAGCAAUAUUUCGUGCGUAUUAUCUUCUUUACUUUACUAAUUUGCAAAAUAUGAUAACUGACAAUUGGUUCAGUAUUGGCAAUGUGACGAGGGACACAAAUACAAAUGGGAGUUUUACAGACCUAUGCAAUAAUGUUCAGAUAUCUAUUAAUCUGUCCAUCUAUUCAGACAAAUGUUUAUACAUAUACACGUCGGCCAUUAUGUUCAUGAUGUAUUCAUACAGUAGCCGCAGCACAACCAUGUCUAUUGACAUCUAUUCAGAAUGUGUUGAAACAUUUAGUUUUAUGUCAUAUGACUGACUGGAUAAAUUAAUGGAUAUUCUCAUCGCAUGACGAAUUCAUAUAUAUAUAUAUAUAUAUAUAUGGUUUAAAAAUAAACGAUUUACACAC